AUGCCCGCGGACCACCGCCGCAUCCGCGUGCCCGAGGAGUCGCAGCCGCAGCAGCUGUACGCGGCCGGCGAGGGCGAGGCGCCGGCCCCUCGCGACCCGGCGCGGCUGCGGCCGGUGUACGCGCGCGCCAGACUGCUGAGCCAGGCCAAGGGUUCGGCCUACUUGGAGGCAGGCGGCCCCAAGGUGCUGUGCGCCGAGUCGGGCCCGCGCCAGGCCGAGGGCGGCGAGCGCGGCGGCUGCCCGGCCAGGGCGGGCUGCGAGGCUCCCGCGGCGCUGAGCGGCCGCCUGCUCUGCGACUUCCGCCGCGCGCCCUUCUCUGACCGAGGGCGCCGAGCCCCGCCGGGCGGCGGCGAGGAGCGCGAGCUGGCGCGGGCGCCGCAGGAGUCGCUCGAGCCGGCCGUGCGCCUGGGCCGCUACCCGCGCGCGCAGCUCGAGGUGUGGGCGCUGCUGCUGGGGGACGGCGGCUCGGCGCUGGCCGCCCCGCUCACUGCCGCCGCGCUCGCCCUGGCCGCCGCGGGCGUCGAGAUGUACGACCUGGUGGUGGGCUGCGGCCUGAGCCGCGCGCCGGGGCCCGCGCCCGCCUGGCUGCUGGACCCCACGCUGCUGGAGGAGGAGCGCGCCGCCGCCGGCCUCAGCGUGGCGCUCAUGACGGUGCUCAAGCAGGUGGCCGGGCUGCUGGGCAGCGGGGAGGGCGGCCCGAACGAGAGCUGGGCGGAGGCCGUGCACCUGGGGUUCGAGGGCUGCCAGCGCCUCUACCCCGUUCUCCAGCAGUGCUUGGUGCGGGCCGCCCGCCGGAGGGGUGGCGCCGCGCCCCUCUGAGCCCGAGACCCGAGUAACGACGGACGCCGAGGACCGAGCCGCCGCUGCCGCCACAAGGACCCGCGCCGUCGGCCUGCAGACUGUGUGCGCCGAACUGCAGCUGAGACCUGGGAGCACCGGAGAGGGUCUG